AUGAGUCAUGAAGCUCAUCCGACCUUCCUGAGAGGAGAAUGGAAAGUUCGCUUGGGAGUAAGCAUUUCGCUGUGCACCUUGGGCGAAGCGCAAGUGGCAUGCCAACUGGCACGCGCCUCUCAAAAGACUCCAGGAAAGUUGGCAGAGCUUGAUAACCGCGCAUGGCUCAACUCGCAGGUCUUCACAAUUGUCGUUCCCACAACUAGUCCGCCAAAGUAUCCGUUUGGAGAGGAGGAACUAUCUUCAGCCCAAGUGGAGGUCUCCGAGCCCUACCGUCGAAUCAUCGAAGAGGCCAAGCGCUGCAUCGGAUUCGGAGCUGCUCGAGGUAGCUUUCCCGAGGAGUGGGACGCGCAACUUCUUGUUGACUGCGGAGCGACUGCUGAGGGCCAAAGAAUCGUUCUCUUCACUCCAGGGUUUUUACAACCGAUUCUUAACGAUGCUGACGAGCUCGACCGUGCUUUCCACUUCCUUCUGUUGCACAUGGAUGAAAUGGCGAUGCAGAAGAAGUAUGUCUUUGUCUAUUGCUGCCUGGGCAUGGACUGGUCUGCACCGCUGCUAGCGGAGCGCUUGCGGAUAGCCUUUGAGAUCCUGCCCAGAAAGUACACCAAGAACUUGAAGCGCUUUUACGUAUUGCACGCCACAAGCUCGACGCACGUGACGAUGUGGUCGUUUUACGCUUGGCUGACACCGCAGUUCUGGGAUAAGAUCCAAUUCGUCAACAGCAUCGAGACGAUCUGCGAGGACUUGCAUCCAAACGAUGAGUCUUCUCAAGUAGAACUUCGGCGACGCUUCCCUCAGGUCAUCCAGCGCCAAGAUGCUCUGCGCAACGGGGAUGACCCGCCCGUCAACUUUGGCGUCCCGAUCAGGAUUGCAUUCUGGCGCUCAAAAGUGCAAAUCGCUAAGCUGCUUUGCCAGGAGAGUGCUCCCAGAACACUCUUCGCUACCCACUUGGAUGCUUUCACCACGGAGUCGCAGAUUCGGCAGUGCUUCUCCUCCUUCGGGCCAGUAGAGAAGGUUGAGCUGAAGUGCGUGGAGAAACGUGCGCCGAAGGCCGAGCAGCGGGCGGACCAUGUGCGCCUGCAUGUUGUCUUUGCUCGUGUGGUCUUCAAGGAGGCGCAUGUUUUGCGGAAGGCGCUGGAUGCUGCAACAGGGCUCAUCUCGGCACACACUGAUCCUGUGCGGCUCAGACAGGAGAUUGACGAUUGGAUGGCACAGUACGACGAGCGAGAAGAUGAGAAGAAGCGUCUUGCCAAAGAGACGCAGGUUGACGAUGAUGGCUUCACCAAGGUAGUUUCUGGCAUUACGAGAACUCCGGACGGUCUAACCAUCCGCGGGGCCCGUCGCCCAUCUCUGAAAACAGGUGCAUUCGGUGAAAGCACUGAACAAACGGCUGCGCCUACGGGAAAGAAGAUGAAGUCAAAGAAAUCGAAAGAGAUGCCGGAUUUCUAUCGCUUCCAGCUUCGAGAGAAGCGGCGUGACGAGCUGAUCGACCAUCGCAAACGAAAUCGGAAGGACUUGGAAACCGUCAAGCAGAUGAAGAAGGCCAAACGCUUCAAAGCGACGGCUAUUUGCAACACCUUCGGUGUUGAUUUCACGGACAAGACCACGGGACGCUGGUAUCCAAAGCUGCCACCAGCGGUGAUCUUCCUCUGUGAGGCCCUCGAGAGGGAGGCCGCCGACGAGGAGUUUGGAAAGCUCUUCGAAGUGGAUCCUGAUGCCGUGUUUCCUUUGUUGAAUACGAUCGACUAUGGGAAUCCAUUGCCGCGUGACUUGGACCCUGCUCUUCUCUGGUGUUGCCUGAAGGUCUGGUUGGAUUGCUUGCCUUCUCCACUCCUAUCCUUCGAGGCUAUGAACCUCCUGCAAAGCAGGGAGAUUCAGCCUGGCAACAUCCAGAGGCAACGGGAGUACUUAAUUGAGAUCUUUCAUGAGAAGCUUCCUGAAGAAGUUGCGUAUGUUGCGCUCUACAUUAGCUCAUUCCUUCACACCAUGUGUAAUGUGGCGCAAGAUCGCUGGGGUGGCAAGGCUGCAGGCAGCUCGGCCCCUGCAUCUGCGCCGGUCAUGCUGACGCCCACCACUGCUGCAAAGGUCUUCGCAUCCGGUUUUUUGAGACCGCGGGCCUUCAACGGGGAGUCCAUCAAGGCAGUUCCUGCCGCCGAGUCCUUGAUUGCAACGCUCAUCGAAGGAGCUGAGGAAAAAGAUCUUUGGAUCGGUGGGGAAGCACAAGAUUUCGCCAAGGAGACGGCUGAUACUGACUCGGACGCAGAAAGUCCAUGA